UCCGGAUGGUGGGGGCCCGGGCUCGGAGGUGAAACAAAAGCAGCGGAAGGAUCUCCCCCAUCCCCCCGCGGCCCAGGCUCAGGCCCUGGCCUAAAGCCACCCCUCAAGCCCGGCUGUCCGUGUGGCCUCAGCAUCGGGCUGCCAGAAUCAAGCGAGGUGGAGAGUGCGCUGCUUAUUAAAAAAACUCGAGUGCCUUUCCCUUCAUUAUUUAUUUCUGUGGGGAGGGGGGUGUGGAGAUUUUUAUAAUCCCGUUGUUGUUCCCUGUUUGUCGCUGAGUGAGUGACCGAGCAGGCGGUCGGGCUGCCAUGGAAAGAGCUGCCGAGCAGGCCUGGAACAGCUACACCUACCAGGUGAGCCAGCACAGUGCCGACAUGUUGAAGAAACUCAACGGCCAGAGGAAGAACGGCGGCCGCUUCUGCGAUGUGGUGCUGCGGGUAGGCGACGAGAGCUUCCCGGCUCACAAGGCCGUGCUGGCCGCCUGCAGCGACUACUUUGAGUCAGUGUUCGGGUCGGCGGCGGCGGACGAGGCGGCGGGCCGCGAGCUGGAGAUGCACACUAUCAGCGCCAAGGUCUUCAGGGACAUCCUGGACUUCGCCUACACCUCCCGCAUCGUGGUCAGGUUGGAGAGCUUCCCCGAGCUUAUGACAGCUGCCAAGUUCUUGCUGAUGAGGUCCAUCAUCGAGAUCUGCCAGGAGGUCAUCAAACAGUCCAAUGUGCAGAUCAUGGUGCCCCCAGCCCGAGGGGACAUGAUGCUCUUUCGCCCCGCUGCCAAUGUGGACUUCGGCUUUACCCUGGAUCUUGCCGCUGCUGCUUGUGCCAAUGGCAACUUUGUGGGUGAGAAUGGGCACCUGCUGGGGGCUGGUGAGGUCAAGGUGGGCAGCCCCGGUGCCCCUGCAGCUAGUCUGCCCUCCCUGCCUGGCUCAUUGCCUGCUGUGGAUGGUUUGGUGAGCUCUCCUGCUGCGCCCACCCUUGUGGCUGGUCAGUUCCAGGCCCCAGUGAACUCAGUGAACACCGAUCAUGCCAAGGCUGUAAAGAGGGGACGUGGGCGGCCUCGGAAAUCCUCUUUGCUGGACCUGCCACUGCUGACAGCCCCUUUGGCCAUGAGGGAUGAGGGGUUUUAUCCCUGCAGCUUCUGUGGGAAAGUAUUCAAGAAUGCUAAUCGCCUUUUGCUCCACGAGGCUCAACAUACUGGGCUGAGUGUGGAGCUGGGGUCAGGGGAAAAUCAACUUCCAGGACUCAGUGACAGUCUCCUGGCAUCUUCAAGUGGCCUCGAUCUUCCCCGUAAAAGAGGGAGAAUGCGGAAGAAUGUGGCCUGUGAACUCUGUGGCAAAGCUUUCAGGGACGUUUACCACUUGAAUCGACACAAACUGUCGCAUUCAGGGGAAAAGCCAUUUGAGUGUCCGAUCUGCCACCAACGAUUCAAGCGAAAGGACCGGAUGACUUACCAUAUUCGGUCUCAUGAUGGAGCGGUGGGCAAACCCUACAUUUGCAUCAGCUGUGGAAAGGGUUUUUCCAGACCUGAUCACUUGAACGGCCACAUCAAACAAGUUCAUACUGCAGAGAGACCCUUUAAAUGUCAGACCUGCGAAGCUUCCUUUGCGACCAAAGACCGCCUGCGUUCUCACUUGACAUGCCAUGAAGAGAAAGUCCCCUGUCAGGUGUGUGGGAAAUAUCUACGUGCAGCUUAUAUGACUGAUCAUGUCAAAAAGCAUAAUGAAGGACCAAAUAACAUCUGCAACAUCUGUAACAAAGGUUUUUCUACUGCUUCCUACUUAAGGGUCCAUAUUAAAACCCACCAUGGUGUCCCUCUGCCCAACUCGCACACCUCUGACCCUUGUGAAAGGCGAUGCAAGCCCCAGCCUCAGAUCACGAUUCACAAGCAAACACAGAGCGGGGAGAUGGCUUUUCACUUUGACAGAACACGCUCGUUACAAGAUGGUGAGAUGGAUGGAUUGAAGUGUCAGCAUCAGGACUCACAAGAAAACUCUGACUCCUUUGGUGAUCUCUCUGACAUCAGUGACCUUAAGUCACCUCUGAAACAUGACCAGGAUGAGUCUUUUCAAUGUGAUCUCAACAAUGGAAAAGUGAAAAUGGAGGCCAGUACCGAGCAGUAUGCUGAACCGAAGAAAUACAACUGUCCAGAGUGCGGCUCAGUAUUUAAAUCCAAGUCCUAUCUGAACAAGCAUAUGCUAAAGGUCCAUGUCAAACCCACUGCAGGUGCGCUGGCUGACUUGCCCAGUGGCCUAAGCUCACCCUUUUCACCCCAGCAAAACAUGUCCCUGUUGGAGUCCUUUGGGUUUCAGAUUGUACAGAAUGCAUUUGGCUCUUCUUUGGCUGAUCCUGAUCCUGAUCCUGGCCCAGAGCCCGAACCUAGCACUGAGGACUCUGCUGAGCAGAAGUGAGGUCUCAUCCAGGAACAGCUUCUCAAAGUACAAAAGAUGGUCGGCGUUUGAUGAAUGGCAGUCCUUAGAUUGUCCAAGUUUUUUUUAAAAAUGACAUCAAAAGCAAAACAAUGGGUGCUGAGGUCUGUACCACCCUGGCCAUCAGACUUGGUGUUCUCCUUGACAUUGUCUUGGGUUGAAGACAGUUUCUUGCCCUUUAUUGAAGGUGUCAAUUGCUCCACAAGUUGGAUGCAGCAGGUGUAUUUGUAGCACUCUCAGUGUGCGAAUUGGGGGUUAUCUCCAGCAGCUAAUUAUUUCCAAAGAACUGCUUUCACUGAUGGUUGCAUUGUGUUCUUUUGGCAGACAUACACCAUACCAACUAACAUGUCUGCCCAAGUAAAUUAAUAAUUGGUAGAGCAGCUUCAAGAGGCCAAAUGACUCACUCCUGCUCCUGUUUCUUAUGUUUUAAAAUUCUAAAAGUAUACACUAAAAGUCUUUUUAACUUUGAAAACUACAAUAUGGAAUGACUUAUAUACAGUUGUUAAGAUCUGUUUCAUCCGAAAAUUAAGUUCUUUAAAGAACGUAUAACUCAAAAACCCAAAAAGGAACAGUUCACUCACAAGGCAUUGAUAUUGUUGGGUGCCCUCUUCAAUUAUUUACACAAGUCACAUAACUAUUGAGUUCUUUUAUGGCUAUUUGAGUCACCCACGUGCUAGUCUGAAUGAUGGGGGACAGUAUAUUAAUGUCUUAAAGAGUAUUACCAAGCACCAAACUGCUGAAGGCAAUACAUAUGGCAAAAUCAUGUGUUUGCAUCAAAUAUUGUGGUUUGGGGCUUGUAACUAAACUGUAAAAACCAACAGAUGUUAUGAUUUCAGUACAGGAAAUAUUUGUAAACAUAUCUAUAAUUACACACGCACACAAGGAUGAGACAAAAUCCUAGUUAACCUGUGGAGCAGACACGCUGUCUGUUUCCAAAAUGAAUUCUAUCUGCAUUCUUUAGCUGCUGGUAGAGAGAAAUCCCUCUUUACCAGCAUUUACCCUAAUUCAAGGCCCUAAUUUUUAGAAAUGUGAAUUUUUUUUCGAAGCUUCUGUGCUUUUUUUCCCCCUCCACUAAAAGCACAAGGUGGUUCAUGGACAUGCAAAAGUCCCUUCUGUCUAAUCCCAUUUUUUAAUGUAAACCAUGUUGUUAGUUGCUGAAGGUAUCACUUCCCUGUGCAUUUUAACCAUUAGUGUUGCCUCCUCUGGCACCAAAUGCUGGCAGGCUUUCAGCUCUUCAGAACAGUGAAUAACUGCACACAGCAAUAGGGUGAAAGCAUUCUCUUGCCAAAUUUAUAUUAAGGAGAUGUACCUUUUUUAAAAUAGAAAAAGGAAUCUGUGACAGCAGCUAGAGAUUAACAAAAUGUUUUGUGUACAGAUUAUGUGAAACUUGAAGUUUGUUUUUGAAGGCUUCAAGAUAGAAUGAACACCACAUGGAACAGUAAAAAGGCUUUUCUUGUGAGGGUCAAGUCUUUGAAGCCCAAAGGCACAAGUGCACCAGAUCUUCGGUUUGUUAAUGAACCAUUACAUUGGGGCCCUUGAUUUUUAUUCAUGUUUAUUUAUCAACUAGGAAUGAAGUUGAAGUUGAGCAAUAUGAUUUUAUUAAUAUGAUGAUGCCUUUGGUAAAAUAGGAAAAAAAUAGCCUUCAUACAAUUGAUGUUGUUGCUCCAAAAUCCAUGCAAUGUAAUCUCCAACCGUGGUGCGCAUUUUAAAAGAAAAGGUGAUUAAGCUUUGCAAGUGCAGUUUGAUCAGCAUAGCAGAAGCUAAAAGAAAAGAAUGUUCAGUACUUAACGGAUUAACUAACAUGAGAUUAACCAUUAUCUUUACAAUAAAAUGAUUGUAAAUACCUAUUAGUAUUCAGAUUUCAUCUGACCCUAAAUGACCUGGAAAUUGCAUCUUCUGUGCAUGUUACAGUGUAAUAUCCAGAUUGCUGACUCUAAUCAGAAUGGUAAUUUUGAAUCUAGGAGUAGCCUGUCAGAUGUGGCUAUUGGGUGUUGCUGUACAUUCCUGGCAGGCUAGGAGGUGGCUGUGCAGUAGUCAAGUAAUUUGUCAGGGGAAGAGGGGUAAAGUGAAUAGAUGACCUUAAAUGCUGUUAUUUAUGUCCUAUUGUCACUGUUUUUUGACAUAACACAGCACCUGAGAGGAGCAACUGAAACACAACAACCUGGGGUCGGGUGGGUGAGAGAGAGAGAAGAAAAAUAUAUAUUUUUAUUUGUAAACAAAAAUACUCUUAUUUACAAGUCUUUUCAGUCACCAGAACCAGCAUUUUAAAAACUAAAUCUCUGUUUGGGUCAGUGAUAUGCUUGAGAUGCCUAUUGAGCUUUGGUGUAGGAGACCCCAUAGGUUUUGAAAGGAUCUAGGCCUAUGUAAUUUACCUCCAUUCAACAGUAGAGACAGUUGAAUCUGCUUCUUAUCCCUUUCGUUUCUGUUUCUAUAAUUGGGUGGGAUGAAAGGUUUUUCAUUGUUAGCCCCCCAUUAAAUUAAAAUUAUGGAUAGUUUGAUGGAUGUAGUAAUUUAUGUUUCGUCUUGUUUUAUAUAUAUACAUAUUUGUAUAUUUGGUGAGGUUUUGUACUAGGGAAUAGAAUACUUUUCUACUUGGGCGACACAUUAGUUUGGCGCACUUCCUCAGGAUAGGUCUAGCACAGACCAUGUGCUGCCACAAAGUAUAUCAAGUGCAAACUUUCCUAUUUCUAUAUCAUCUAUUUUUACAGAUUCUCUGAGUUGUGUUAUUGACUUGUAAUUCAAAGGCAACCCACAGGAACUGGUUGAAUAUGGUGCUAAAUUCCCUUUUUACUGCCUAUACUGCUAUUUCUUCAUUGCCUCUGUUGGAAAUGUGUUAAGGCUAGUCUCUUGUGCUAGACAUGGACUAUGUGUACAGUACUGACUCUCUCUCUUUUUCCUUCCUUGCCUCAAAAUCCAGAACUUUUGUGCUGAUUAUUAGCAAAUUAUGCUUUAGUUGCCAAUGAAUGAAUGAUGCCCUGAUAAACCUGAAAGUACCUGUUCAAGUUAAGAUUUCUGUAGGCUUGAUUACAUUUUAAAAGGCUAACUAUUGUGUAUUUACUUGGUGGAAACUCAAAUAAUGGAACAAAGUCAGAAUGGUAUUGCUUUAACUCUCCAGUACCAUCCUUGGGCAUGGUGAGUCAAAUAACUGGAGCUAGAUUGUAGUAUGGGUGUCGUGGAUGCCUACAAUGGCUCUUGAUUUGGAAUGGGAAAAAUCGACUCAAGUUUUUGUUUCUAGUGACUUGGUCAGUGACUUUUGCUUGAGGUGUAUAGGGAGGUCAAAUGUUUUAUGGAUUUUCUUCAAAGCACCAGUAGGUGCCCCAACAAUACUGAUCCACAAUGACAUGGGCAACACGGUAGCCGGUGGUUAGCACUGCUGCAUCACAGUUCCAGAGACUUGAGUUCAAUUCUGGCCUCAGGCAACUUUCUUUGUGGAGUUUGCACAUUCACCCUGUGUCUGAGUGGGUUUUCUCCGGGUGCUCUGGUUUCCUCCCACAGUCCAAAGGUAUGCAGAUUAGGUGGAUUGGCCAUGCUAAAUUGCCUGUAGUGUCUAUGGUGGGGAAAUCUAGCAAUAAGAUGGGGUAGGAUCUUGGUGGGAUGUUCUUCAGAAGGUCGGUGUGGACUCAAUGAGCCAAUUAGCCUGCAUCCACACUGUAGGGAUUCUAUGACUCUGUGACCCUUCCAGAAAUUGCUUAUGAGGACAGAUUGAGUGCAGACAGGAUUGAAAUCGGCAGCAUUUGUUUCAUUGCUCAUUUGGACCUUGGCUGCCAUUAAUUGUUCAGAUUCAUAUACUGAGAAAGCAAGGAACGUGAGGCUGUCCUGCAGUAGUAGAAUUGUGUCCUACAAGAUGAGUUUGUUUCGAGCGAUGAGAUGAAUACUGACAUGUAGAUAAACUGCAAUCUUUUAUAAGGCUACACCAAACAAACAAAUGGGAGAGUUUGAAAUCUAGAAUCCUGUUUUGUAAUGUUGAAUGGAAAAUAAACAGUUAAGUGUCAAACUCCUUCUGAGAUUAGCAGGAAUUGAGGGUGCACAUAUGUAAAGGAUUUAUAUGAGCAUUUUUAAUUUCUGAGAAAUAGUGAUCUGUGAAAAAGAGAACCUUUAAACAGAGCAUGUUUUUUUUAAAUCAAUCAAGCUACCGUCUUAAGAAAAAUGUUACUGUAGAGAAGAGAAACUGGUGGAAGUUUGAUAUUACUAAAGAAUGGAUUAACCUGAGUUGGGAAUUAGUCCUGGUGGGGUUUAUUUUACUUGUGUUCAUGCUGCUAGAUCGCAACUUUCAAAGUUCCCAGAUGUGGAGAAAACGGUUGGAAAUGUGGGAUCCUUUGCUUGGCUAGGCCAGGAAUGAACACUGCUAUGGGAAGGAGAUUUGAGAUGCAUUCAUGCAACAUCUUUAAAGUGUAUUCUUUCAAAUUAAUCAGCUUCUCUUUCAAGCACAGUGCACAAUCUUGAAUAUCCCUCAGGAAGAAAUAAUAAAUAAAUAAUGGCAGACAGGAAUUAAGUGUUCCCAUUUCUCCCCCCCCCCCCCAACAAAAAUGUUAAAAACCACAGAAUUUUCCAAAGACAUUUGUUUUAAUUGUUUUUCAUUCCUAGGAUGUAGGUGUUGCUGGCUAGCCAUCUUUUCAUGCCCAUCCUUAAUUGCUCUUGAAAGGGUAGUGAUGAGCUACUUUCUGGAACAGCUGCAGUCCAUUUGGUGGAGAGGCACCUACAAUGCUGUUAGGGACGUUCUAGAAUAUGGACCAAGCAACAGUAAGGAAUAGGUUACCAUGGUUCCAAAACCUAUUAAAAGGAAUGCAGAAAAGAUAGAGAAUUCUGAUUAAAUUGGGAUCAUGACUAAUUCUCCUUCUUAUUUCUGAGUUGGUGGGUAGUACUAAUUGCAUAGAGACUUGCUUUUUUUGGGUUUCAGAGGGGCAUCUGACAUUCAGUUUUGCAAGGGUAAAUGCUCUAGACUCUCUCCAUUGAUAUAAACUGGUCCUCACAUUAGACAGGAUGUGAGUAGAUGAGAUUAGAAAUGGGAAGGGGAUUGCAAGUGUGGUGCAAAACCUCAGGUCAUUUUGCUUUCACUGUCUGAAUUGUUGAUUUCUGUUAAAAUCGACAGAACUGUUCUCGGGCAAAAACAAAGCGCUGUAGAGCAAAACACAAGACCCAUGUUACAGAAGUGUAUUAUGUUGGAGAUGAACUGUUUAAACCAAGACAUUUCCUGAUAGGAAUAGCACAAUUUUUGAAUUUGAAUAGGGUGAGCUCUGCUGAAGAAGAACUCUUGCCCCUCUGUAUAACCCAAAACAUGUCCAUCUCUUUUUAAAUUCACGUUUUGAGGCACAGGCUCCAAAAUAAUGGGUGGGUCGUCCUGCCUCCUGUUCAGGUUUGUACAGGCUUGACUGUAAGAAGUUAUCUAUAACUGCAGCUGAGCAAUUCAUUUCUCCCCGUGUAUGUAGAUAGUUUUACCCUUUAGUGCUAAUUGCCUCAGUUUGAAAUUUGCGAGUACCAGAUUUUAAUCAGUCUCUAGACAAGGACAUCUAUCUGUCGGUUAGUGCUGCUGAGGAAGAAGCAGUUGCAAUGCAUAGUGGACUGCCGUCGUCCUGUGGGUAGAGCUGUCCAUCAAAGUGAGAGGGGCUCCCACUCCCACACUGAAUUCAAAAAAUUUAGGUGCAUUGAGGGCAUUCUGCUCUCUCAUCUGGUUGUUUUUCAAUUGAUUUGGACAGUUUUCUGCUCUCUCAGUCAGAUGCAAAGUUCCCAUGGCAAACUUUUGGGCUGGAGGAUGGGGAAUGGUAUGCCAGUUAAUGUUUUAACCCACAAUCAACAUCACUGAAAACAGCUUGAUCUUCAGAUAGCAUUCGUGGGCCUAGCGCAAUAGUUGUCACAUUAUCUACAUUAAAAUACUUCAGAAGUACUUCAUUGGCUGCAGAGGGCUUCGGAGCAUCCUAAUAUCCUUAAACACUAUAUAAAUGGAAAUCUUUCUUUCGAUCCUACAGUCCCAAUUCAUUGGUAUAUUCCCUAAGAAAUCAGCGGUCCAAACAUCCAGGGGUGAUACAGCAGCAAAAUUAAUUGAAAAGAGCCAUUGAUGGCUUUGUUAUUAAGGAAACCACCCAGUUCUCUGCUGAGCUACAUAGAUCUGUGAUUAAUUCUUGAUCAAACCACCCAGUUCUCUGCUGAGCUACAUAGGUCUGUGAUUAAUUCUUGAUCAGUACUGAAUUGCCCUGUUGUAUGGAGAAUCAAAAAGUAACUUCCACUUGUGAUUGCUAUUAGAAAUUGCUUGUGCCAAAACAUAGAUGAGGUACGAAUGUCUACUUUCUCUGUGGCUGCAAAGCUGACACUCAUUGUCAAGAUUUAAAUGUAAAGACUGACAACAUAAGUAAGGUCCAAGAGGGUUGUAGAUGCCUUUAAAAAUUGUGGGGGUACUAUGCGGUGGAAUCAUGUUUCUUAUCUCCCUCAUUUUGAGUUAAAACCUUUGAAAAUGCAUGAAACAAUAAGCUAGUGUUAAGUGAACAAGAUGCAGUCAGCUCUGCUGGACUCUGCAGUGAAGCCUAAAGCCACUCAAGUGAAUCUCUCUCACUCUGUAUUACCAUCUAGUGGCUGCCUGAAUACCAGCAGGUAACUAGCAACAGGGCAGAUACACAGUUGGAAUCAAGCAAAAAGGAUGGCAUGAACAAACAAACACAGUUUCUGUAAAGCUGCAGUAAGAUUAGCUGUCCUCUUUGUCGCAGUUUAUAUUUGCAGUUUCUUGCCGUAAUAGCAGAGAUAGAACAUGGGUCUGGAAAGUUAUUUCUGUGUUUACAUUAGUUUUGGGUUGACUUCUGCAUAGUCGUCUUACAGGCUGUACAAUAAGAGACAAUGAUACUUCUUUGGAAUCUUCAAGUGACAAUCCACGCUCUGUUCAUUGUAAUUUUCUGUAAAAUUGUAAAUAUGUUCUUUAGGAACGGGUAAAUGACUUUACUGAACAAUACAAUUAAACAGUAUGCUUGUUCAACAUAUCAUCACCAUGCCAGCUUAUUGGUAGAUCCUAUUUCUCUGCUUUUCCCCAAAGCUCAGUAAAUCUUUUUAAUUCACAACAUUAUCUGUUGAAUGUUAUUGUUGAAUCUCGCUAUUUAUUUUAAAGUUUCUUCCUGUCACUUCUUUUGGCACUCUAUAUAUUCCCCAGUUACCAGCCUUCUUGCUACUCAUUUAUAUCAUCAAAUCUGUUCAUGAUUUUCAAUACCUCUAACAAAUCACCUCUUAAUCCUCUUCUGUGGAGAACAAAUACUGCUUCAAUCACACGGUGUAAUUGAACUCUUAUUCCAGGCACCAUUCUAAUAAGUCUCUGGCGUCCUCUUCAAGGCCUUAACUAUACGUUGAACACAAUAGCUUCGGCAUUGUAAGUGUUUGCAGUAAAGUCUUGGCAUAACUUCCACACUUUUAAAAUCAGCCAUUAUUAAUAAAGCCAAGGAUCCCAAAUGCUUUUUAUUAGACUGCCUAACUUAUGUCACCUUCUAAGAUUUAUAUAUAUUUACUUGCAGUUUCUCUGAACCCAACACCAUUUUAAAAUUUUAAAUCUACCAUUUAGUUAAUGUUGCUUCUUCCCUUACUUCCUACCAAAAUGUAUCACUUCACACUUCCUUGUUGUCUGCCCUUUACACCAGUCUGCCUAGAUCUUGCUCAUUGUUUAGUAUAUUUCUGAGUUUCAUAUCAUCUGCAGACUUAGAAAUUAUGCCCUGGUAGGGCAUUUCUCCCUCAUAAAUGAACAGAAUGAGGUGCAGUUAGUGUGAAUGUGCAUGGAGCGACUGAUUGGCACUGUUUGGAGAACGUUCAAGAGCUGCACCUUUUGGGGGAAAAAGAGUAAAUGCUGGAUAAGACUCAUACUGGAAUACCCUUCCCUGCUGAUGUUUUUUGACCAUGGAAUGUAUCAUAAUUGAACCUAUUUCUGUGGAUAUCCUAUGUGAUUUCAUUGAGUCAUAAUUAGGGGUAAUGCUGAAACCAUUUCUGAUGCUCACCUUGUAUGUCCUAUCAACACAUGGACAAUCUGUGUGACAGAGGGUAUUUGCAAUGUUGCAUUGAGACUCUCGGUUGCCAGGACAGUUUGAGAUUUUAAUUAACCCAUUAAAUUGUGCUAUUUGAAGUGCUUUGAAGCUUUUAACACAACCACUGGAGAUGAAUUCUCUCUAAGGUUCUUGAUGAUUUCACUGCUAAUGUCAAACACAUCAAAUGCUUGAUGGAAUGCAACAUCAGAGCUGCCUUUGGUUUUUCUGGCAGUAGUAAACUCCAUGAAAAAAUAUUUACAGUCAGUGCUGUUAGAUAUCCCUCCACCCAGUGCCUCACAUUUACAUUCUGUGUACCUACUUCACAUUCGUGAUCACUUUAACUAAUCUAAACUUUUCAUUUCCAGAUUUUCUAAACUGAAUUAAAAUUCAGACAUUUCUAAAAUGUAUUUCAAACACUCAACCUCCAGGUUACCAGUCCAGUCCAUUGACAUGACACUAACACCUUAUUUGACCAGCCUGCGACUGUUCUGGUUGAUGUAAAGAACAUCUAAAAAUAGACUUAAUCCAAGAUGGAGCACGCUGUGUGUGUGUGUGUAUGUGUGUGUUUUUGUUUGUUUGUUUGUUUUGGGGGGUUUGCGGUGUGUAUUGGCUUUUUAUGUGUAAAAGCACUGGGCUAGGAAAAGCUGCUGUAAACUUGCACAUUCUUGUUUGCUCAUGCUUGAUGAAGAAUGUUAACUGCAAAUAUACGCUAACCGAGGAAUGCUGUCACUAAAGUUUGUCUGCAGUGGAAUGGGUGUUUGAAAGCAUUGUGCUGUGUCAACUUGAACUGUGAUGUAAUAAGCCCAGUUACAUUUGAUGUUCUUUCAAAGUCAAACCUAAAUUGAGCAAGUGCAUUCUGAACUGUAUUGAAAUUGGGCUUAUGUGCUGGAAAAAUUUAACAGGGUGAAUUGAGAGAGCAUUGCAACGUAACUGCCUCAAUAUACUUUUUAUUUGUGUGAACAUAAGAGUCAUAAAAUCAUAAGAAAUUGCAGCAGUGGGCCAUUCCACCCAUCGAGCCUUCUCCAGCUUUCAAUGGGAUCAUGGUUCUUUGCGACAGGUUGUAAAAUGGAGUUGAAGCCACAAUGACCCUUACCUCUUUUGUCUAUCAACAAUCUGUUUAUUUGAGCCUCCACUGCUCACUGGGGAAGAACAUUUCAAAGACAUGUGAUCCUGUGAGAGAAGAAAUUACUCCUCAUCUCUGUCUUCAAUGGGAGACUCUUUAUUUUUAAGUUUUGCAACCCUAGUUCUAGACUUCCCUAUGAGGGGAAUCAUCUUCUCAGUAUCUACCCUGCCGAGCACCUCAGAAUCUUACAUGUUUCAAUAAGAUGACUUCUCAUUCUUUUGAGCCCCAGUGAGUGCAGGCCAGAUCACACCUUUCCUCGUGAGAAAGCACCUUUUUCACAUGCACCAUAGAGCUAUUUCAGUGCAAACCUGACCUUCUUUAAGGAAACCAAAGCUGUGCACAGUACUCCAGGUGCAGUAUCACCCAAUGUCCUGUCCAGUUGAAGCAAUCCCACCUCACUUUUUAAUAGUCCAUUCCCUUUGCAAUAAAAGCCAGCAUUCUCUCUACUGCCUUAAUUACUUGCUGUACCUGCAUGGUAAUGUUUUGAUUCAUAUGGAGUUCCAUUAUCACUCUGUACAGCAGCAUUCUGCAAUCUCAAUCCAUCUAAAUAAUCUACUUCUGAUCUUCCUGCCAAAAUGGACAACUACUUAUUUUCCCUCCUUAUACUCUGUUUGUCAUUUUUUUGUCCUCUUGAUCACUAUUUUCUUUUUCAGACUUUUUAUGUCCUCCUGACGUCUUGUUUUCCUAUUUGUCUUGGGUAUCAUCAGUAAAUCUGGCUACAAUCCAAUUGACCCUUUCUUCCAAGUCAUUGGUUGAUAUAAAUUGUAAAUAACUAAAGCACUGGUCCCUGCAGCAGUCCACUAGUUACAGUUACCAACAUCAAAAUGAUAUUCUUCCUUUGUAGUUUUAAGAUGACUGAGCAGGAAUAUAAUGGGCAGUUUGUAAAUCCAGCAAAUUUCUGUUUGUGCUGUUGUAGCUUGAUUUUUUUUUUUAAUUUCAAAGUAACAAGGUUGCACUGAAACAAAGUCAAGGAGUCAGUGACUUCGCUAGCUAAUCACUUGUCCUUCUAAUUGAAUAAAGUCCCAGAAAAGCCACUUCUAAUGUUCUGUCUCUGAAAUGGCCAAAACCUGUAUUGUAACAUGCUGAGUAGAGGCUUGGGAACGAACUUAAUAAUGAUGGCCAUAAUACACUGGAGUGCUUUCCUUACUGUGAUUAUGUAUUGACAAAUAAUAUAAUUAAUUAUUUAACAAAUUCCCUUGUUAAAGGUAGAAUUCCCUGGUGCUUUAGUUUGCCAGGUCCAUGCUGUUACUGGUGAAGAUUGCUUCAUCAAGUCGAAUGAGCCCUCCUGGCUAAUCCCAGUACUUGGAUCUGUCUUCUGAUAUUGUUAAUCAAUAGUGAUUAAUUAUUAUGUAGUGUUGCAGAAGUGUAUAGGAGCAUUGGUGCAUUUUCUAAAGAAAUUGAAACAUUUCAUUACCCUUUUGAAUUGGACAUUCUCACUUUUCCUACAAUGAAUACUGUUUUGACCAGGCAGAAUUUACAGUCAACAUUAACUCCAGUAGCAUGAUACACUAGGUAGUGUGUAUGCUAAUCAUGCUUGAAAUGUAAACUCUGCUGUGUUGUCACAUGUGAAAACUUUUCCAUCGUUCUCUAACUUCCACACCUCACCCCUCCCCAAAAAUGCCCCCAGAGCCCAUCCUAAAGAAAGGAUCUGGUCUCCGCCCACUGAAAUAAUGCUGGCAAGUCACUGAUGACAGUACCUUGGAUGUCUGACAUGUUAUUGAAGAAAGGACUACUGUGUGCAACUUGAUGUAACAUUAGUCACUCCAUUCAUUUCCUACAACCAAAGCAAUAUGAUGUAUGCUUGGUGUAAGUCGUUGACAUUUUGCUUUUAACUGACGCCAUUUCUACCAUCUCUCCUUAGCUUUGGCGACAGAAUGCUAUCUCAUCCGGUACAACUGAUGGGAUUGAUCCUUGUGGCUGUGCUGUUGAUUCCAGGCAGUUUGCCAGCAGACAGGAGCAUUGGUUUAGGGGCACUGAUUCAGGAGUUUACUGAUUUGGGUCCAUCCAUUCAGGAGCUCCCAGACUGAGUAGCCUUCGCUAAGAGCAAGCUAAGAGAGAAUACACUAGGCAGCCACUUUAGGUACAGGAUUUCACUCAGGAGUUAUGGCAGGGUUUCAAGGCUGCUUGCGAAGGAGUGUCUGAUGCACCAGCACAUAAUGUAACCUCUUAAUUGGUGAUUAAUGUGUCCUGGGAGUUUGUUGCUCAUGAUUGGUUGGAAGGAGAUUGUACAUUAGCUGAAGCCCUUUUAGUCUUAACCUAUACCACAAUGGGUAGGUGAAUGGAAAAUCAGAGAUUUAAAUGCUAAAUGUUUGAACCAGUUUGUAUGCUAUAUUUGAACCCUUUAUUCUGUUAAUACCAAUAACUGCUUGCUACCGUUCUUCUUGUAAUGUGUACAGGUUUGGUAGAUCUUGAUAACUUUCCUGAGUGUGUGCUAAAAGCCUCUAUGAUGCAAACAAAUGUUAUUUCGAUCAUGUGACUGUUCAGAAAAUUAAUUUUUCUUUCAAUGGGUUGUUCAGCACUGUGUACAAGCCGUGACUUGAUUGCAAAGCUACGUGAGAGAAGAGCCUUUGUUCUGGUCUAUGAUGGCUUGAAAACUGUAGAAAGCUAAAGUAGAUGAUGUAAUGUAAUCUGUUCAAUAUUUUUAUACUGUGGAUGUUGGGGAGAAAGUGGGCAAUGCUUUAUGAAGUCAGAGUAGUGUAUUACUGAUCUUCUAAAGAAAUACUUUUAGUUUGUGUUUCCAUGUAAUUAAAAGCAACUUUUUAAAUAUGUUUAAUGGUAGUGUGCGUCUUGAUUAUUUUAACUGUUUUUAAACUGUCAGAGCAGUGGAAUAUUGAGUUUAUUACACACAAAUGCCCUGUCCUAUUCAUGGUUUCCCUCCAUGGAUUGAAAAGUUCCUGCCCUCAGAUAAAAUAUGUAUUCUACUAUUCCCAUUUAUAUGAGUUAUGUUUUAAUUAACUUUAAAAGUAGCAACUACUGUCUUGCUUUCAGUUUGGUGGGUUAAUUAUUGGGAAGUUAGCAUUUCAGAUUCACUGACACAUGCUGCUGAUCUGAACCGAAUUAUAUGUCAGGACAGCGUUAUCACUAGGAUUUCAAGCAAUUGUAACGAUGGACACAUGGACCUUCCUCACUUAAACUGCACAGCACAGUUUUAGAUAUUGCCCUUCCCAUCCCAGGCUCCAUCCAGAAAGUUUCAAGCUGUAGAAUGUAUUUAGAUAGUCUGUUGGGUCCAGAUAAAACACACACCUACAGGCUACAACCAGUUCACACAUUUCACAGGACCAAAUUCGUAAUUAGCUGGAGCAGCGCAUCACUUUUUAUGGGGAUGGAGAAGGCAUUGUAAUUACCAUAGACCAUGUCAAGAAUGGGAGUUGUUUCAUUGGAGGAGGUAAUCAUUUUAUAACAGAGAAGUCAUGACUGGUCCAGAUGCAUCUCUGAAGCUGAUUCACAGUAUGCUGAGAGUUGUCUGGAUUGAGAUUAAAUUUCUGUACAGCUGCUCCCUGUGGACAUCAAGGUGGAUCAAUCUUUAACAAUUAUGUAGACCAGUGCCACUUUAUCUCCCACCUGCUUCCAUCCAAGUAAUGUGAGAUCUGGCUAAUCUGGCCUUGAAAUAGGAAAGAGGAGACAGGUCAGAACUUUCCAGCAUUAUUUCCAUUGCCGGAGACGGAAUGCAUCUUAGUUCAAAACUACACUCCUGUGUCAAGUAGGUUGUGCUUUUCAGCACGAUGAACCAGGCUUUAGUGUACCAAUGUGGUGUUUACAGUGUUCUGCACAGUGUGCAGCUCCUCCUUUCCCUCUCUAUUUAGAAAUCCCAAUUGCAGCUGAGUAGAAGCUAUCAAAAGUGAGGGACCAAUACGAAUUUGGUGCUUCACAAUAAAUUGCUUGGAGAAGGGCUUGUCUUUAUUCACUUACUGUGCUUUUUAGUUGUGGUGUGACUAGUUUUUGAAAGUGAGAGAAUUGUUGGAACAAGCCUUUUUACUCUGUGGAAGAAUUCUCCUGGAGCUCUUAAUCGAGGCUUAAUUUACUUAGUGAUCACCAAAUGCAAAUCAGUUCAUUUGACAAUUUGAGAGGGGAAGAGUUCAAAUGGUGUAUAUGAUGAUAAUAUGCAAAUGAAUCAGCAACACAACCUCAAUCAGUACUUGAAUAGCUUUGGUAGUGAGUAACUGUGCCUCACUAAUUGUUGUAUGUCUGCAUUCUUACCAUUAUACUGGAUCUAUUCAGUGUGCUGCUGUUUACUUGUAGGCUUAACUCUGACAAUUAGGAAGAGAAUUAAUGAAUUUUGAAUGAUAGAGUCAAAAUGAUUAUCUGUUCCCCAACUAUCUACUUUCACCAUUAUCUGUCCUGAAAUGUGCCCAAGCUUUUUGCCUUUGUGAGUCACUUAGGUGUGUAUAUUUCUGGGGUCAUCUGUUAAUCUACAGUCUAACUGGAUCUGUGGGUACUGAGAUGUUUUGGUGUGCUAGUUGAUCCACCACUGGGCAACAGGACCAAGCAAUAAUGCCUUUUACACCUGCAGAGCUACAAUAUUCAAACACAAAAAGACAUGUGUGAAAUGUGCAAAUAAGAAUGACUGAAAUUCUUGGCCAGAUUGACAGGGUCUUUGAGCUGGAUGUGAUUUAGAUAUGCCAGUGACAAAUGAUCAAAUGAAUAGUAUUAGAGACGUAGUGGAUUGAAUUUCUUUUCUCCCCCCCAACUCUUCUCUCUUGCACUCUUUCACCCCCUUCAUACAGAUGUUGGUCUUGGCUGAAAAUAGAGUGCUGAAGUAAAGCUAGCUGUGAGAAUGAUUUAGCCAUAUUUAUGUACAUAAGAUAAUUAAGUGAAAUUUGAUCACACUGUAGUUCUACUUAUGAAAAAUGCACCUGCUUUAUCUUUUGUUCAAUUGGAUAUGAAUUGUGAAGUAUGUGCAGGCUAUACAUGCGUGCUGCAGACCUGUUACUAUGUGCCUUCAAUGGGAUAUUUAUAAUAUAUAUAUAUAUAUAUAUAAAAUGUUCUAUAUAUAUAUAUUAUAUAUACACACAUACACACUGUAUAAUACUGUUGAUUGGAGUACAGUUUAUAUGCAAAAAUCUGUUCUUAGUUUAAGAUAUUUGUAUCCUUUUAUCCCAGUCAUUCUGAAUCAGAUUUUAAAAUGUAGCAAUGUUAUCCCCUGAUUGUCUGUCUGUUACUAAACUAGAAGUGUUUUUAUUUACAUUUGGUAAAGUGACUGAAUGCAUGCCUGCCCCACAGGUAUGUAUUUCUUUUGUACUAGCUUGCAAGUUAUAUUCUCUGUAUCUUGUAUUUACAGGGAUGAAUGUAAUCA